AGUUACAAAUCACUCUCAAUUUGCUUCAGCCUUCACUAUUACUAAGUUCUCUCUCUCUCAUCAAAGCUUUUCCAUUCAAUGGCUGAAAAAAGUAAGAUUCUGUUCAUCGGCGGUACUGGUUACAUCGGAAAGUUCAUCGUCGAAGCUAGUGCUAAAGCUGGUCACCAUACAUUUGUCUUCGUCAGAGAAUCCACUCUUUCCGAUCCUACCAAAACCAAACUCAUAGAUACUUUCAAGAGUUAUGGUGUCACCUUCCUCCAUGGUGAUUUGUAUGAUCAUGAGAGUUUAGUGAAGGCAAUAAAGCAAGUGGAUGUUGUGUUUUCUACUGUUGGCCAUUCUCUUUUAGCUGAUCAGCUCAACAUCAUUGCUGCUAUCAAAGAAGCUGGCAAUGUCAAGCGAUUCUUUCCCUCUGAAUUUGGGAAUGAUAUAGAUCGUGUGCAUACCGUUGAGCCUGCUAAAACAACAUUUAAUACUAAAAUUCAAAUUCGUCGCGCUGUUGAAGCUGAAGGAAUACCAUUCACUUAUGUUGCUAGCUUCUAUUGUGCUCAUUAUUUUCUUCCAAAUUUGGCACAACUUGGACCUGAAGGUCCUCCCAAAGACAAAGUUGUCAUUUUAGGAGAUGGCAAUACUAAAGUUAUUUUUAACAAGGAAGAAGACAUUGGUAUCUAUACUAUAAAGGCUGUCGAUGAUCCAAGAACGCUUAACAAAAUCCUCUACGUCAAGCCUCCGCACAAUUUAAUUACAUUAAACGAGUUGGUAUCUUUGUGGGAGAACAAAACUGGAAAGAAUCUUGAAAGAAUAUAUGUACCAGAGGAACAACUUCUCAACAACAUACAAGAAGCCUCGUUUCCAUUGAAUUUGGCAUUAUCGAUAUCUUGCCCUGCUUUUGUGAAGGGUGAACAGACUAAUUUUGAAAUCGAUCCAUCUUUUGGAGUAGAGGCAUCAGAAGUUUAUCCUGAUGUUAAAUAUACACCAGUGGAUGAGAUACUCAAUUACUAUGUGUGAAUAUGUAGAGUUCCUUCCUAUUAAUCAUAACUAUAGUAUAUGUUUCCGCAGCAUUAUGCUCGAACAUACAGUGUAUACAAUUGUUUGUAUGAAAAAAAAUCAUUUAAAUUAGUAUAUCAAUGAGUGAGACCUUUCAGUUCAUUGUGUUUUUCUUGUGUAUUUGUGAUGGUAAUUAGCAAAUUUAAGCGAAUUUGUAAGCACUUCUUGAAACAUCGUAUAGUAGAUUUGUAUUCAGAUCACUCAAGAUUUUCAUCCUUAAUUUCAGGUGGGUU